GGAUUUUUCGAGUAAACAGAUAUGACUCACUGGUGCUUAACGGUCAGUGUUUAAUGUUCCCAGAUCAGCACAAAAGAAACACUAGACUAGACUCUUAAUAAUCAAUGAUACAAUUACGUAACGUCUCUAGUGGUCCAUGACACCAUUAAAUUCCCCCACAGAUCAGCAGGAAUUUUGUAAGAGGAGGAGAGGGACUCCACAUUGGCUCACAAGAGGUACAAAAGCGAGACAGAUUUAAACCAAUACUCAAAUAUCAGAGCUACUACAGUCUGUCUCUCUCUCAGUGUUUCUGUUCCAGCGGUGAUGUGAAUAGGAUUUUCUCAAACUCUGUCCCCAUAAACACACACACAGUGCACCCCACAUAAGUGACACAGAAUAGAAUGAAAAGAGGCAGUCAGGAGACAAGCACAAACAAUUCUGGGCUCAACCCCCUCCUGCCCUUCACCCUCCCCACUGGACCUUCUCUCUCACUCUUCCUUUCUCUCUAACCCAUUCUUUUCCCCUUUCCCCCCACCUCCUGUAUAAAAGCCUGAAGCUCACCCACCCUCGAUCCCACUUACCCAUUUUCCUAACCAUGGAGACCCAACGUGUUUACUCGUCCUACCGAAAGCGUUUCGGGACUCCAGGAGGCUCCCCGUCCGUGGGAAUCACCAGCCGCCUCAGCUCGAGCCGCCUGUCCCUCCACAGCAGCCCGCGGCACCUCACCUCCAGCCCCAUGACCCACUCCACCUCUCGCCUGUCCCUAGGUGGAGAGCGGCUGGACUUCUCGGCGGACUCCCUGCUGAAGGCCCAGUACCGGGAGACUCGCACCAACGAGAAGGUGGAGAUGAUGGGGCUGAACGACCGCUUCGCCAGCUACAUCGAGAAAGUCCGCUUCCUGGAGCAGCAGAAUAAGAUGCUGGUGGCAGAACUGAACCAGCUGAGGGGCAAGGAGCCGAGUCGACUGGGCGACAUCUACCAGGAGGAGCUGAGGGAGCUCCGCAGACAGGUGGACAGCCUCAACACUGGAAAAGCAAGACUGGAGAUAGAAAGAGACAACCUGGCCUCGGACUUGGCCAGUGUUAAACAGAGACUGCAGGAUGAAACGGUCCUUCGGCAAGAGGCAGAAAAUAACCUCAACACCUUCAGACAAGAUGUGGAUGAAGCUGCUAUGAACCGCGUACAGCUGGAGAGGAAGAUUGAUGCUCUGCAGGAUGAGAUCAAUUUUCUGAAGAAGGUCCAUGAGGAGGAGAUGAGAGAGCUGCAGGAGCAGUUGAUGGCCCAACAGGUUCAUGUGGAUCUGGAUGUAUCUAAGCCAGAUUUAACUGCUGCACUGAAGGACAUCAGAGCUCAGUAUGAGGCCAUGGCCACCUCUAAUAUGCAAGAGACUGAGGAGUGGUAUCGAUCAAAGUUCUCUGAUCUGACUGAUGCAGCCAAUCGUAACGCAGAGGCUCUGAGACAAGCCAAGCAGGAGGCCAAUGAGUAUCGUCGACAGGUUCAGAGUCUGACCUGUGACCUGGAAUCUCUCCGUGGGACUAACGAAUCCCUUGAGCGCCAGCUCAGAGAGAUGGAUGAGCGGUUUACGCUGGAGACAGCUGGUCAUCAGGAUACCAUUGCCCAUCUGGAGGAUGAGAUCCAAAUGCUCAAGGAGGAGAUGGCCAGACACCUGCAGGAGUACCAGGACCUGCUUAAUGUAAAACUGGCCCUGGAUAUUGAGAUUGCCACCUACAGGAAGUUGCUGGAAGGGGAGGAGACCAGAAUCACAGUUCCUGUGCAGAACUUCACUAAUUUACAGUUUAGAGAGACCAGCAUGGACACCAGGCUGACUCCAGAAGCACAUGUGAAGAGAAGCAUAGUUGUGCGAACUGUUGAGACUCGUGAUGGGGAGAUUAUUAAAGAGUCCACUACUGAGCGAAAGGAUCUGCCGUAAUGAUACUCAGGCACUGGAUCGGCUGCUUUCCCUCAUAACGCUUCUGGAUGCUGUGAUCAAGGCAACAUCGUCAAUGUUUUUGUCAACUUUCCCUGCUAGAGUUCUGUCAUGUGCUUAAAAAAAAAGAAUGCAAUUAUUUUGAGUUAGAGCAACUAUAGGCUAGUAUGAGCAAAAACAGAAGGCUUUUUCUUUCUUUUGUUUAUUUUCUCUCUUUAUCUGUCUCUCUCUCUCUCUCUCUCUAUGUUAUGAAGAAGAGUCUAUCGUGGGAGUAGACUAGUUUAUCUCUGAUUGUACCAUUAAAAGUCAUGGUUGGACAGAUGAAGGAAGUAAAACAAGAUGUUUAGUUAGUUAGUGGUCAGAGUGCAGGAUGAGCAGAAUGGUUUGAGCAAUGUAGGUUUUGUCAAGCACAAACUUAGAAAACAGGUUCUGAAAUGUGUUGUAGACUUGACGAAAACGAGCAGAAUAUGGUGGUAUUUGAAUCCGAAUGAUCAGUGUUAAAGUAAAGGAGAAGGAAACUGUAAAAACCGGGAUCUUUGAGAGUUUUAAAGGGAUGAUUAUGUCAGCGGUGCUAUGUGAAUAUUUUAUGAAUAUUUGCCCAGAACUCCCCCCUCACUGUUGCUCAUCUCUUUGGACCCAGGUUAAAAUGCUUUAAAUGCAACGACGUUUGUUGACUUUUUGACCCAUAGGAAAAUGAUUUAAUAUAGAAAGCGGGAAAAUUCUAAUCUAAAACCCUUACCAUUCUUUACUUUUUCCAUCUCUUAUUGAAUUCAUUAUGAUACUCUAGUCACAUACUGUUACCCAUUAUGUAAACAAAUUUCAGUGAUGUUUAAUAUUCAAUUUGUCCCCUUUCUGCUUUUGCUUAUUGUUACUAAAACAUUUUAUUGUCAUACUGUGAGAUAAUACUAUCAAGUAACAAUUAAGUGAACUAUGUUGUGCACUGAAGAAGGCCACAUUUCUACAGUACUCUUGUAUGAUUAACAUAGGUCACUUUUUUGUGGCAGCUAAUAUUAAUAACAAUAAAAAAUUCGUUGGAAAUUGUCUGUUCAUAAU